CGUUUUAGUCAUUUUUAAUUCCUAAAAGUUUCUCUACACUUUUUUUUCCCGCUCAUGUCGUCCAGUCAGACGUCGUGACCUUUGACCUGUUGCUUGUAGCUCGCUCUUAAAUGUGAAAGUGAAGGUGCAUCUUCUGACCACCCAGGCCAAGCAGGUCAAGGGAGGAAGGAGGGCUGGGGUUAAAAAAAAAAAAUCCCAGGGAGAGUGGAUGCUGCUGGAUUAAGGGGUGGGAGGUGAGGCUCGGGUUUCAGCCUGACGGGGGGUCUGGGGGAAGGACUGGUAUCUCGGAAUAUACGAAGAUCCAUACAAGGCACAGUGGACAUAAAAUCGCUGUGCUUGCCCUGACGCGGUGGGUGCAGAGUGCCAGCUGGGGGCCCCGUGUUGGAUUCCACUUAGAGUUUUGACUGCAUGGUGUCCUGAGUCUCGAGGAACAAAAACGCCUACAGCACCGCUGAGUGAGAGUCUGGUCUCCCCCCCAUCCCUUCACUUCUCACCCGAGCUCCUGCAUGUCUAACAUUUAGACAUGUUCAGCUUUGUGGAUUCAAGGACUCUUCUGCUACUCGUAGCAUCCCAACUUGUUUUACUAGCCGUGGUCAGAUGUCAGGAAGAAGACGACCAGGAGGCAGGUGGCUGCAUACAGGACGGCCAGCUGUAUAAUGAUAAGGAUGUGUGGAAGCCCGAGCCGUGUCGUAUCUGUGUGUGCGACAGCGGAGCGGUUCUGUGUGAUGAGAUAAUCUGCGAGGAGAUCAGAGAGUGUGCCAACCCGGUCAUCCCAUCUGGAGAGUGCUGUCCCAUCUGCCCUGCUGAUGCCAGCGCCCCCACUGAGACGAUCGGUGCUAAGGGCCAGAAAGGUGAACCUGGAGAUAUCGCAGAUGUUGUAGGACCAAGAGGACCACCGGGCCCCAUGGGCCCCUCUGGUGAUCAGGGCCCACGUGGAGAAGCCGGUGCUAAAGGUGACAAGGGAAAUCUUGGACCUCGAGGAAGAGAUGGCGAGCCUGGCACCCCUGGAAACCCCGGACCACCUGGACCUCCCGGACCACCAGGACUUGGAGGGAACUUUGCUGCUCAGAUGGCAGGAGGUUUUGAUGAGAAGUCUGGAGGAGCUCAGAUGGGAGUGAUGCAGGGACCAAUGGGACCCAUGGGACCUCGUGGCCCACCCGGACCUUCUGGAGCUCCUGGUCCCCAGGGUUUCCAAGGUGCUCCAGGAGAGGCUGGAGAGCCCGGUGCAGCCGGACCAAUGGGACCACGUGGACCAGCUGGACCUUCUGGAAAAUGGGGAAGUGAUGGUGAGUCUGGCAAACCUGGCAAGGCUGGAGAGCGUGGACCUGCAGGACCUCAGGGAGCUCGUGGAUUCCCUGGAACUCCUGGACUUCCUGGAAUCAAAGGACACAGAGGUCAUCCUGGUCUGGAUGGAGCCAAGGGAGAGACCGGUGCUGCAGGAGCCAAGGGAGAAUCCGGAAAUGCUGGUGAGAACGGAUCUGCUGGACCAAUGGGCCCACGUGGUCUGCCUGGUGAGAGAGGACGUCCUGGGGCAUCUGGAGCUGCAGGAGCUCGUGGAAAUGAUGGUCUGCCCGGUCCUUCUGGUCCACCUGGACCUGUUGGUCCUGCUGGAGCACCCGGUUUCCCAGGAUCCCCUGGAGCCAAGGGAGAGGCCGGUCCUACUGGUGCCCGUGGAGCAGAGGGCGCUCAGGGACCUCGUGGAGAGGGUGGUACACCAGGAUCUCCAGGACCUGCUGGUGCAUCGGGUAACCCUGGUACCGAUGGUAUUCCUGGAGCUAAAGGAUCUGCUGGUGCUUCAGGUAUCGCUGGUGCUCCUGGAUUCCCCGGCCCUCGUGGCCCACCUGGACCACAGGGAGCCACUGGAUCUCUUGGGCCUAAGGGACAGUCUGGAGACCCUGGUCUUCCUGGAUUCAAAGGUGAAGCUGGACCUAAGGGAGAACUGGGCGUUGCUGGUCCUCAAGGCCCCCCAGGCCCCGCAGGUGAGGAAGGAAAGAGAGGAGCCAGAGGAGAACCUGGAGCUGCCGGUCCACUGGGACCACCAGGAGAGAGAGGAGCUCCUGGUAACCGUGGUUUCCCUGGUCAGGAUGGUCUCGCUGGUGCUAAGGGGGCUCCUGGUGACCGUGGUGUCGCUGGUGCUGCUGGGCCUAAAGGUGCUUCUGGAGACCCAGGUCGCACUGGAGAAUCCGGUCUCCCCGGAGCAAGAGGUCUCACUGGUCGACCCGGAGAUGCUGGUCCUCAGGGCAAAGUUGGACCUGCUGGUGCCUCUGGUGAGGAUGGUCGCCCCGGCCCCCCCGGUCCUCUGGGAGCUCGUGGUCAGCCAGGAGUGAUGGGAUUCCCUGGACCAAAGGGAGCAAAUGGUGAACCUGGAAAACCAGGAGAGAAGGGUCUCGUGGGUCGUACUGGACUGAGAGGUCUGCCUGGAAAAGAUGGUGAGACCGGAUCUUCUGGACCUCCUGGACCUUCUGGACCUGCUGGAGAGAGAGGAGAACAAGGACAGCCUGGUCCUUCUGGCUUCCAGGGCCUGCCUGGACCAACUGGCCCCCCGGGAGAAAAUGGAAAACCUGGAGACCAGGGUGUUUCUGGAGAGGGCGGAGCUCCUGGUGCUGUUGGACCAAGAGGUGAACGUGGUUUCCCUGGUGAGAGGGGCGGUGCCGGUGCUCAGGGUCUUCAGGGACCCCGUGGUCUCCCAGGAACAUCUGGAAGUGAUGGAUCCAAGGGAGCCAUUGGACCAGCUGGUGCUGCUGGACCUCAGGGUCCACCGGGCCUGCAAGGAAUGCCAGGAGAGAGAGGAGCUGCUGGAAUCACAGGAGCCAAAGGAGACAGAGGUGAUAAUGGACAAAAGGGACCUGAGGGUGCUCCAGGAAAAGAUGGCGCUAGAGGUUUGACUGGUCCCAUCGGUCCUCCUGGACCAUCUGGACCCAACGGAGCCAAGGGAGAGACUGGACCUGGUGGACCAAGUGGUGCCCCUGGUGUCCGCGGUGCUCCUGGUGACCGUGGUGAAAUCGGACCUCCUGGACCUGCUGUUUUCGCUGGACCCCCUGGGGCAGAUGGUCAGCCCGGUGCCAAAGGAGAAACUGGUGAAGGUGGACAGAAGGGAGAGGCUGGUUCUUCUGGACCUCAGGGACCAUCUGGAGCUCCUGGACCUGUGGGACCAACUGGCGUGACAGGAGCUAAAGGAGCCCGUGGAGCUCAGGGAGCACCUGGUGCCACCGGAUUCCCCGGUGCUGCUGGCAGAGUUGGAUCACCUGGUCCAAACGGAAAUCCCGGUCCUGCUGGUCCUGCCGGACCUGCUGGCAAAGACGGACCAAAGGGAGUUCGUGGUGAUGCUGGACCUCCAGGGAGACAUGGAGAUGCUGGACUUCGUGGCGCACCUGGUGCACAAGGCGAGAAGGGAGAGCCUGGAGAGGAUGGACCACCUGGAGCUGAUGGACCUUUAGGUCCUCAGGGUCUGUCUGGAUCCCGUGGUAUUGUAGGUCUGCCCGGACAACGUGGAGAGAGAGGUUUCCCUGGUCUUCCUGGACCUUCUGGGGAGCCUGGUAAACAGGGAGGUCCUGGUUCUUCUGGUGACCGUGGACCCCCUGGACCUGUUGGACCACCUGGACUUACAGGACCUGCUGGAGAAACUGGAAGAGAGGGAACUCCUGGGUCAGAUGGACCUCCAGGUCGUGAUGGAGCUGUUGGUGUAAAGGGAGAACGUGGUAAUACUGGUCCUGCCGGUGCCCCUGGAGCUCCUGGUGCCCCUGGUUCCCCCGGAUCAGUCGGACCCCUCGGCAAGCAGGGAGACAGAGGAGAGUCUGGCGCUCAAGGACCUGCUGGACCUCCUGGAGCUGCAGGAGCCAGGGGUAUCGCUGGACCCCAAGGACCACGUGGAGAUAAGGGUGAAGCCGGUGAGGCUGGAGAGCGAGGACAGAAGGGUCACCGUGGAUUCACUGGUCUCCAGGGUCUUCCUGGACCUCCUGGUUCACCUGGAGAUGCUGGAUCUGCUGGACCUGCAGGACCCAGCGGUGCUAAGGGACCUGCUGGACCAAGUGGACCGGCCGGUAAAGAUGGAUCUAACGGACAGCCCGGCCCUAUUGGACCUCCAGGUCCUCGUGGACGCUCUGGAGAAUCAGGUCCCGCUGGACCCCCUGGUAAUGCUGGACCCCCCGGUCCUCCUGGUCCUCCCGGCCCGGGCAUCGACAUGUCAGCCUUUGCCGGUCUGGGUCAGACCGAGAAGUCCCCUGAUCCUCUCAGGUACAUGAGGGCCGACGAGGCCUCCAGCUCUCUGAGGCAGCAUGACGUUGAGGUGGACGCCAGUCUCAAGUCCCUGAACAAUCAGAUCGAGAACCUGCGCAGCCCCGACGGCACCCAGAAGAACCCUGCACGCACCUGCAACGACCUGAAACUGUGCCACCCCGAGUGGAAGAGUGGCUUCUACUGGGUCGACCCCAACCUGGGCUCCAUCGCUGACGCCAUGAAGGUUUUCUGCGACAUGGAGACAGGAGAGACUUGUGUCCACCCGAGCAUCGCCAAGGUGCCCAAGAAGAACUGGUGGACCAGCAAGAGCAAGGACCGCAAACACAUCUGGUUCGGAGAGACCAUGAACGGAGGAUUCCACUUCAGCUACGCUCAGGAGGGCCCCGCCGCUGUUGCAGCCAACGUCCAGCUGACCUUCUUGAGGCUUCUUUCCACUGAGGCCUCCCAGAACCUCACAUACCACUGCAAGAACAGCAUCGCCUACAUGGACCAGAGCGCGGGCAACCUGAAGAAGGCCUUGCUGCUGCAGGGACACAACGACGUGGAGAUCCGCCCGGAGGGAAACAGUCGCUUCACAUACAGUGUGUUGGAGGAUGGAUGCAAGAAACACACAGACCGAUGGGGCAAGACUGUCUUUGAGUACAGAACACAGAAGACCUCUCGUCUGCCAAUCGUAGACAUCGCUCCUAUGGACAUCGGAGGAGCAAAUCAGGAGUUCGGAUUGGAUCUAGGCCCAGUCUGCUUCUUGUAAAGUGGAGUAUCACGAUGCCCCGCCCCAAAAAACAGGAAAUGAAUAAAACUCAACCAUAAAACAUUACACACAAUUCCACAAAAAGAAGACUGGAAAUUAUAAAAAAAAAAGAAAAUUGAUACUUUUUUUAUCUGUCACAACGAAGUGCUCUCCAAGUUGUACUCCCUGGAUGUUAGCACUGAAGGGCACCGGCAAUAUCUCUGCACACCACACCAGCAUUCUCAGUCAACCCACUCCCUGAGAUCCAGUCAUGUUUCCAAUGGCCCACUGUUGACAGGAAGGAGUCAGAGCCAGGAGGAAGAGGGACCAAAAAAAAACAAACAAAAAAAAAA